GCACACCUACUGACCACCGCCGCCGCCCGCGCAGGGCGGUGCUGUGUCCCCGCAGGAGUCGGAGAGGAUGGCGGGGGCCGGCGGCCAGCACCACCCUUCGGGCGCCGCGGGAGGAGCGGCCGCCGCGGCCAGCGCUGCGGUCGCCCCCGCCACUGCCUCGGCCGGGCCCGGAGAGGAUUCUUCCGACAGCGAAGCGGAGCAAGAGGGACCCCAGAAACUGAUCCGCAAAGUGUCCACUUCGGGGCAGAUCCGGACCAAGACCAGUAUUAAAGAGGGACAGCUGUUGAAGCAAACCAGUUCUUUCCAAAGAUGGAAAAAGCGGUAUUUCAAACUUCGAGGUCGUACACUUUAUUAUGCAAAGGACUCAAAGUCUCUGAUAUUUGAUGAAGUUGACCUCUCAGAUGCCAGUGUAGCUGAAGCAAGCACAAAAAAUGCUAACAACAGCUUCACGAUAAUCACUCCAUUCAGAAGACUAAUGCUUUGUGCUGAGAAUAGGAAAGAGAUGGAGGAUUGGAUCAGCUCACUGAAGUCUGUACAGACCAGAGAAACUUACGAGGUGGCCCAGUUUAAUGUGGAACAUUUCUCAGGGAUGCAUAACUGGUACGCCUGCUCCCAUGCCCGACCCACUUUCUGUAACGUCUGCCGAGAGAGUCUUUCUGGGGUCACCUCCCAUGGCCUGUCCUGCGAAGUGUGUAAGUUCAAGGCUCAUAAAAGGUGUGCAGUGAGAGCAACAAAUAACUGCAAGUGGACGACCCUGGCCUCCAUCGGGAAGGACAUCAUAGAGAACGAGGAUGGGCUGGCUAUGCCCCACCAGUGGCUCGAGGGUAACUUGCCCGUGAGUGCCAAGUGUGCUGUCUGUGAAAAAACGUGUGGCAGCGUUCUCCGUCUUCAAGACUGGAGAUGCCUUUGGUGUAAAACGAUGGUACACACUGCCUGCAAAGAUUUAUAUCAUCCUAUAUGUCCGCUUGGCCAAUGUAGAGUAUCUGUCAUACCUCCAAUUGCACUGAACAGCACCGAUUCUGAUGGUUUCUGUAGAGCAACAUUUUCAUUCUGUGUUAGUCCUCUAUUGGUUUUUGUCAAUUCUAAGAGUGGAGAUAAUCAGGGAGUAAAGUUUCUUCGCCGAUUUAAACAGUUACUAAAUCCAGCUCAGGUGUUUGAUUUGAUGAAUGGCGGUCCUCAUUUAGGUUUAAGAUUAUUCCAGAAGUUUGACAAUUUCCGGAUUCUUGUUUGUGGAGGAGAUGGAAGUGUAGGUUGGGUUUUGUCAGAAAUUGAUAAGCUCAACUUGAAUAAACAGUGUCAGCUGGGAGUACUGCCUCUGGGUACAGGAAAUGACCUUGCCCGGGUUCUUGGCUGGGGAGGCUCAUACGAUGACGAUACCCAACUUCCUCAGAUACUUGAGAAGCUGGAACGAGCCAGCACCAAAAUGUUGGACAGGUGGAGUAUAAUGACCUAUGAACUCAAAUUGCCAGCCAAGUCUUCUCUACUUCCAGAACCUCCAGAAGCAUCUGAAGAAUUUUAUAUGACAAUUUAUGAAGACUCAGUUGCAGCUCAUCUUACAAAAAUCCUCAAUUCUGAUGAACAUGCAGUGGUCAUAUCAUCCGCCAAGGUACUUUGUGAAACUGUAAAGGAUUUCGUUGCCAAAGUAGAGAAGGCGCAUGAAAAAACAUUGGAAAAAGCUGUUGCAGCCGAUACCGUGGCCAAUAAAUGUUCAGUUCUAAAUGAGAAGCUUGAACAACUGCUCCAGGCUUUGCACACAGAUUCCCAGGCUAGUCCGGUUCUCCCGGGCAUCAGCCCUCUCGUUGUCGAAGAAGAUCCUGUGGAAUCUUCCAGCGAAGAAUCCUUGUGUGAAAGCAAGGAACAACUCUUGGAUGACACUACAAAACCUUCCUCCCAGAAAACUGUCAAACCGAGGGAAAUAAUGCUGCGGGCAAACAGUUUAAAGAAAGCAGUGAGGCAAGUCAUUGAAGAAGCCGGAAAAGUGAUGGAUGACCAGACAGUUCACUCCUCUGAACCAGUUAAUCAAUCAUUUGAUUACGAUAGCACAGAAACAGAUGAGUCUAAAGAUGAAUCAAAAGAAGAUGAUGCAAAAGUGUCAUUAACUGUUAAAACUGCACCUCGGUCUCCAGAUGGCCGGGCAAGUCGUUCCCAAACUGACUCUGGCUCUGGUCCUGCUGUGGCAGCCAGUAAAGAAAACCUCCCAGUGCUCAAUACCAGAAUAAUCUGCCCAGGUUUAAGAGCAGGACUAGCUGCCUCAAUUGCUGGGAGUUCUAUUAUCAACAAAAUGUUACUAGCAAAUAUUGAUCCUUUCGGUGCGACGCCAUUUAUUGACCCAGAUCCAGAUUCAGUAGAUGGAUAUUCAGAAAAAUGUGUCAUGAACAAUUACUUUGGGAUUGGAUUAGAUGCAAAAAUUUCAUUAGAAUUUAAUAAUAAGAGAGAGGAGCACCCUGAAAAAUGCAGGAGCCGAACUAAAAACCUGAUGUGGUAUGGAGUCCUUGGAACCCGGGAGUUAUUACAGAGAUCGUACAAGAAUUUGGAACAGAGAGUACAACUUGAGUGUGAUGGGCAGUAUAUUCCUCUCCCCAGUCUUCAAGGGAUAGCAGUGUUGAACAUUCCCAGCUACGCUGGAGGCACUAACUUUUGGGGCGGAACUAAAGAAGAUGAUAUAUUUGCUGCACCAUCAUUUGAUGACAAGAUCCUGGAAGUUGUUGCAAUAUUUGAUAGUGUGCAAAUGGCAGUUUCAAGGGUCAUUAAACUGCAGCACCAUCGAAUAGCCCAGUGCCGUACAGUAAAAAUCACUAUAUUUGGUGAUGAGGGAGUCCCAGUGCAGGUGGAUGGCGAAGCAUGGGUUCAGCCUCCAGGGAUUAUCAAAAUUGUGCACAAAAACAGAGCUCAGAUGCUCACAAGGGACAGGGCCUUUGAAAGCACUCUGAAAUCUUGGGAAGAUAAGCAGAAGUGUGAUUCUGGUAAACCAGUUCUUCGAACGCAUUUGUACAUCCAGCAUGCAGUUGACCUGGCGACAGAAGAGGUGUCUCAGAUGCAGCUGUGCUCACAGGCCGCAGAGGAACUCAUCACCAGGAUUUGUGAUGCAGCCACCAUCCACUGUCUUUUGGAGCAAGAGCUGGCGCACGCAGUGAACGCAUGCUCCCAUGCACUGAACAAAGCCAACCCACGCUUCCCAGAGAGUCUUACGAGAGACACUGCCACUGAAAUAGCCAUCAACGUGAAGGCCCUAUAUAAUGAAACAGAGUCUUUACUAGUUGGCAGGGUUCCUUUGCAGUUGGAAUCUCCACAUGAAGAGCGGGUAUCCAAUGCCUUGCAUUCCGUGGAGGUAGAGCUACAGAAAUUAACAGAGAUCCCUUGGCUUUACUAUAUCUUACACCCAAAUGAGGAUGAGGAGCCCCCCAUGGAUUGCACCAAGAGAAACAGCAGAAGCACAGUAUUUCGUAUCGUGCCCAAAUUCAAAAAGGAAAAGGUUCAGAAGCAGAAGACAAGUUCACAGGCUGUUCAGAAAUGGGGCACAGAGGAAGUUGCUGCUUGGCUGGAUCUGCUCAGUUUGGGAGAGUACAAAGAAAUCUUCAUCCGUCAUGACAUCAGAGGGGCUGAACUCUUGCAUCUGGAAAGGCGAGAUCUUAAGGACCUGGGGAUACCGAAAGUGGGUCAUAUGAAGCGAAUUCUCCAGGGAAUUAAAGAGCUUGGAAGGAGCACACCCCCAGUCUGAGGUGUAAUCAUAUUGGUGCUAUUCCUUGGAAGGAAAGUAAUUGCUACUUAAUACAAAGUCCUUGGGAGCCAUUGGCUGUUCUUGUAGUUUUCUGCCUAGAUAAGUAAGCACCACUGAGGCACCUCUACGGCUUGAUAUGGGUGAAAAUUUUGAUUUGAGGUAUUAGAAAAUAUUUUGUGCCAAAAAAAUACAUUCCACAAAGCCAUUUUCUUAUUGUGCAAACCUGACACAUUCAAAUAUGCUCAUAUUAGUAAAAAGGUGGGAGGAAUCUGAGACAAUUGCAUUGUCCAAAAGGUGGAAUUGCACAAUGUUUACUUUCCUUUAACCUGGUCAGAUGGAAUGUUCUUACCGUGCAACCACAUAACAAUAUGUAGCUGAAAUUUCUUGGGUUUCAUUAUUGGAGGCCUUGGCUUCUUACUUAAAAUCACUGGCUAGAAGACUAAGAUGUAAAUUAAGUGGUGUUUUGAAUUGGUAUCACGUCAGAUUCCUAGCUCUCAGUGGUCAAAGAAUAUGGUUAAAACCCCUCAAAUACUAUGAAUGAAUGCAAAUCUUAAUGCA